AUGGCUUCCUCUACUGCCACUGCCCCUCGGCAGAACCCGGCGCUUCGCCGUACCAUGACGUCCACCACGGCCGAAUCGGACGUCUCUUCCCCUUCGACUGCCAUGGCCUCCCCUAUGGACUCUCCCAGGCCAUCGGCUUCUUCGACAUCCCUUUCCUCCAUGUCUUCUAUGGACGAAAAGCCUUCUCACGGCAAGCUCAUCGACACAUACGGCAACGAGUUUGUUGUUCCUGAUUACACAAUCAAGGACAUUCACGAUGCUAUCCCGAAGCACUGUUUUGAACGGUCAGCCGUGAAGGGACUGUACUAUGUAUUUCGGGACAUUGUCCUCCUCGGCACCACUUUCUACGUAUUCAACACCUAUGUGACGCCUGAGAACAUUCCCCAGACUCCCAUCCGCACAGCUCUCUGGGGUCUUUACAGCAUCAUGCAAGGUCUCUUCGCAACCGGUAUUUGGGUCCUCGCUCAUGAAUGUGGACACCAAUCCUUCAGCACUUCCAAGGUUCUCAACGAUACUGUCGGUUGGGUUCUCCACUCGGCACUGCUCGUCCCUUACUUCAGCUGGAAGAUUUCGCACGGCAAACAUCACAAGGCCACCGGCCACAUGGAGCGUGACAUGGUCUUUGUGCCGCGUACUCGUGAACAACAAGCGUCUAGACUCGGCAAACUAGUCCACGAGCUUGGUGAGCUUGGCGAGGAAACACCUAUUGUCACUCUCAUCCAUCUCAUUGGCCAACAACUCAUCGGAUGGCCCAACUACCUGCUAGCCAAUGUCACUGGCCACAACUUCCACGAGCGCCAGAGAGAGGGUCGCGGUAAAGGCAAGAAGAACGGGUUCUUGAGCGGCGUCAACCACUUCAACCCAUCCAGCCCUCUGUAUGAGGCCAAGGAUGCCAAGCUCAUCUUGCUUAGCGACGUCGGUAUCGCGAUCACCGCCACUGCCCUCGUAUAUCUUUCCAAGAUAUUCGGCUUCAACAACAUGCUCGUCUGGUACUUCAUUCCCUAUUUAUGGGUCAACCACUGGCUUGUUGCUAUUACUUUCCUUCAGCACACCGAUCCCACCCUGCCCCACUAUACUCCCCAGUCGUGGACAUAUGUCCGUGGCGCCGCCGCUACCAUCGAUCGCGAAUUUGGUUUCAUCGGUCGCCAGCUCCUCCAUGGAAUCAUCGAAACCCACGUUCUUCACCACUACGUUUCCACCAUCCCCUUCUACAAUGCCGACGAGGCUACCGAAGCCAUCAAGAGGGUUAUGGGACGCCACUACCGUGCCGACACAAAGAACGGUUCGUUGGGAUUCCUCCAGGCUAUGUGGCGCAGUGCCCGUUGGUGCCAGUGGGUUGAACCUAGCGAGGGCGCCCAAGGUGAGGGCAAGGGUGUCUUGUUCUUCCGAAACAGGAACGGACUUGGUACGAAGCCCUUGAAGACUGUUUCGUAA